CGCGUUCAGGACGGUGCGCGUGUUGCGCGCUGCGUAUCCAGAGACGCUGAUUACGGGAGAGACUGCGCACUGAUCCACACCGCAGAGACACGGGACAGAUUUACCACAACCGACACUGAUCUGGAGAAGACACCCAGAGGAGAGCAAGAACACUACAGACACGUCCACCUACUGACGUUGUGGGAUGGCGGUAAACGUUUACUCCACAUCGAUGACCAUCGAGAACCUGAGCAGACAUGACAUGCUGGCCUGGGUGAACGACUCUCUGCAGCUCACCUACACCAAGAUCGAGCAGCUGUGCUCAGGUGUGGCUUACUGUCAGUUCAUGGACAUGCUGUUUCCCGGCUGUAUUCUGCUCAAGAAGGUGAAGUUUCAGGCCAAGCUGGAGCACGAGUACAUCCACAACUUCAAAGUGCUGCAGGCGGCCUUCAAGAGGAUGAACGUGGACAAGAUCAUUCCAGUGGAGAAGCUGGUCAAAGGGAAGUUUCAGGACAACUUUGAGUUCGUUCAGUGGUUUAAGAAGUUUUUUGACGCCAAUUACGACGGGAAGGAGUACGACCCUCAAUUAGCGCGGCAGGGGCAAGACGUCACGCCUCCACCAAACCCAGGUGAAGUUUUCCUUUUCCACAAACCCAAGAGCCCCUCCAGAUCCUCAGGACCCCAGCGGACGUCACCGACAGCACCGAAAACAAUGCCCACCCCCCAGCGUGCCAUAAGCUCCACCCCCUCAACUGGAAUACGACGAAACACACCAAUAUCACGAAACGGAGGCGACGCCGAGAUCAUGGAGCUCAACCAACAGCUGAUGGAUCUGAAAUUGACAGUGGACGGUUUGGAGAAAGAGCGAGAUUUUUACUUCAGCAAACUCAGAGACAUUGAGCUGAUCUGUCAAGAGCACGAGAGCGACAGUAACCCAGUCCUGGGAAAAAUCAUCGACAUCCUCUACGCCACAGAGGAUGGGUUUGCACCUCCAGAGGAUGAAGAGAUUGACGAACAGCCACAAGACCAGGAUGAAUACUGAUCCUCCUUUUCCUCCUCACUUCACCCCAAUCUCUCUCUCUCUCUUUUUCUUCUGUUCUUCAUCUUUUCUGCCUGCUCUUCCUCCAUUUCAUCUCUUUUUUUUCUUCUCUUUUUCACCACCCGCAGACUCGAGAGGCGUGCUUUAACAGGCUAAUAGAUAGAAUAGGGGGCGUGUCAAUCCUAAUGAGGUGUAAAUUCAUGCAAUGAAGCUGACAUUUGAUUGGCUGUGUUUGAAUGAGAGUCCAGAGCACUGAACUGAUGAUGCAGUGUCACUUUCUCACACACACACAUGUACACACACACACUGAUGUAGCCGAGGUUAUUAUUGACUGAGUUUUUUU